AUUUCUCCCAAUCGGAUGAAGUUCACCCUGGGCCUGGGGUCGCGGGCGUGGAGAGUGUCCUGGGAGCGGACGGCCGCGGCAGCUGCAGGGCCUAGGGCGGGCGGCAGCGCACUCAGUGGCGGCGCAGCGCGCGUCUCCAGCCCGCGGCCGGGCGGCCGCGGCUCUCGGCUGGCGCACGCCCUCCCUCUAUGCCUCUCCGGCGGUGGCGGCGCCCGAGCUCUCCCGGACUGCGCCGGGCCCAGCCCCCGCCGUUCCGGCGCCAGGCAGCUGGCUGGCUCGCGCGUUAUGGAGCAGACUUACGGCGAAGUGAACCAGCUGGGCGGUGUGUUCGUCAAUGGCCGUCCCUUGCCCAACGCCAUCCGCUUGCGCAUCGUGGAGCUAGCACAGCUGGGCAUCCGACCCUGUGACAUCAGUCGGCAACUCCGUGUCUCCCACGGCUGCGUGAGCAAAAUCCUGGCGCGCUACAACGAAACCGGCUCUAUCCUGCCCGGGGCCAUCGGGGGCAGUAAACCCCGUGUCACCACCCCCAACGUGGUCAAACACAUCCGGGACUACAAGCAAGGAGACCCUGGUAUCUUUGCCUGGGAGAUCCGUGAUCGGCUGCUGGCCGAUGGCGUCUGUGACAAAUACAACGUGCCCUCGGUGAGCUCCAUUAGCCGAAUCUUGCGCAACAAGAUUGGCAGCCUGGCGCAACCUGGGCCUUACGAGGCUAGUAAGCAGCCGCCGCCUCAACCUGCGCUGCCCUACAAUCACAUCUACCAGUACCCCUAUCCUAGCCCAGUAUCGCCCACCGGUGCCAAGAUGGGCAGCCAUCCCGGGGUCCCGGGCUCAGCGGGUCAUGUCAGCAUCCCUCGUUCCUGGCCCUCGGCACAUUCGGUCAGCAACAUCCUGGGCAUACGGACAUUCAUGGAGCAAACAGGGGCCUUGGCAGGGAGCGAAGGUGCCUCCUACUCCCCCAAGAUGGAAGACUGGGCCAGCGUGAACCGCACUGCCUUCCCUGCUAGUCCAGCAGUAAAUGGGCUGGAGAAACCCGCCUUGGAGACGGACAUUAAAUACACGCAGUCAGCCUCCGGCCUCUCCGCAGUGGGAGGCUUCCUCCCGGCCUGCGCUUACCCAGCCUCCAACCAGCACAGCGUGUACAGCGCUCCAGGAGGUGGCUACCUCGCCCCCGGCCCGCCUUGGCCGCCCGCGCAAGGUCCACCGCUGGCGCCUCCCGGGACCAGCUUAGCGGUGCACGGCGGGGAGCUAGCUUCUGCAAUGACCUUCAAGCAUCCCAGUCGAGAAGUGGCCGAUCGGAAGCCACCGAGCCCGGGCGGCAAGGCCCCAGACGCCCUCAGCAGCUUACACGGACUGUCCAUCCCGGCCUCGACCUCCUAG